AUGGAAUUUUGGGAUAUGGAUGAUAGGAGAGAAUCAAGACAUCAUAGAACCCUUCAUGGCCGUGGCACCGACUUCGUGGGCGGCAUCGACAACGAGGCGUUGGACUUCUCGCAGCUGGAGGACUUCAUCAACAGCGAGGGCUCUCAAGGCAACGGCUCCUAUUUCGGGGACUCCCUCAACACGACGCCGGCCACGACGACAGGGAAACUGCUCAACGUCAUAGUCGAGAACAAAAGGAACAAUAAUGGCCAUUCCCUGCCCGAAAGCCCUCCGGACAGCAGCUCGGAACACCCUUACAGUCCGCAAGAGGGCUGCGAAGUAGCUCCGAUCUCUCAACAGGAGUCUCUGUACGCGAACCUGAACCAGUCCAUCUACAAGCAACCGGCCAUUCUGACUCCCAUUCUGACAGACAACCUCAUCUUGGGCUCGCACAUCGUGGUUUCUGGACAGGGAGAGCACGUGCUGGAAGGGGGUGGGAUUCUGCGAGACGAGGAUGCCGGCGUGUUGCAGCCGAGGAUCAUCAUCUCGGAGUCGGGGGUGGCAGAUAACAGCCGACCGAUCCUGUUGGCCCCAUCCGAACCAGGCCAAACGUUCGACGGGAGCAUCUUCAAGAGCGACGAGUACGACAAGAACAUGGUCCACCUGGGAUACAACCACGCCAUAGACGGUCUGCCUAGGAGUAACGUGGAGGGCGAUUUGUGCGAACAGAGUCUGGAUAAUAUACAGAGCGUUUAUACGAACUUGCAGUCGGCGCCCAAGAAGAGGAAGUUGUCGCAGGAUUCGCCUCUAGUUAAAAGUGAACCAGAACAUUGUACCACGAGUCAGUUGAGCCCUUCCGAACAAAUGAAUACGUCGAUAGACGACGAGUACGCAUCCUCGGAAGCCUGCCUAUCGGAAUCCCAGUACCAGUGCAUACGGUUCAAUGCCUUCCAGCAAAACAAUUGGCAUACCUUGUGCGACCAAAAUUUAACGGAACUUAUUCCACCGCAUUACAGGGUGGAUGCGGAUAAAGGUUUCAAUUUUUCACAUGCCGAUGAUGCUUUUGUUUGUCAGAAGAAGAAUCAUUUUCAGGUCACGUGUCAUGUCCAGCUACUAGGCGACGCCCAAUUCGUGAAAACACCAGACGGAUUCCAAAAGAUAUCGAGCUUUCACAUACACUUUUACGGGGUGAAACAUGAUUGUCCGACACAAACGAUAAGGGUGGAACAAAGCCAGAGCGACCGGAGCAAGAAACCGUUCCAUCCAGUGUUAAUUGAAUUGGUUAAUUCGCAAGUGACGAAACUCACAGUGGGCCGACUACACUUCAGCGAGACGACAUCGAAUAACAUGAGGAAAAAAGGGAAACCCAAUCCUGAACAAAGAUAUUUUCAGCUGGUGGUCGGUCUGCAUGCUCACACGACGAACGGAAAUUUUCCGAUCGUCAGUCAAGCCAGUCAAAAAAUCAUCGUCAGAGCUUCGAAUCCUGGCCAGUUCGAGAGCGACGUGGAAUUGUGUUGGCAAAAAGGACAAACGCAAGACUCUGUUGUGCACAGUGGUAGAGUGGGGAUAAACACAGAGAGACCGGACGAAUCUCUCGUGGUGCACGGAAACAUCAAAAUAACUGGCCACAUCAUCCAGCCGAGCGAUAUCAGAGCGAAGAAAAACAUUACGGAAUGCAACACGGCCGAACAACUGAAGAAUGUGCAACGGAUGAGAGUUGUUAGAUACGAAUAUGAACCGGCUCUAGCACAUCAACUGAACAGGUCUAACGAGUGCAGUGACACGGGAGUGAUAGCCCAAGAAGUGGCGAAAAUUUUACCGGAAGCUGUCAAACCUGCCGGGGAUCUCAUUCUGCCCAAUGGGACUUCGAUCGACAACUUCCUAGUAGUUAAUAAAGAAAGAAUAUUUAUGGAAAACAUUGGGGCAGUGAAGGAGCUCUGUAAAGUGACCGAUAACUUGGAAACGAGAAUCGAUCAACUGGAGAGGAUAAACAGGAGGUUGAACAAACUCAAACGGGGUGAUAGUCUCAAGUCCACAAGCACAGUUAAUAGUUCUAAGCUAUCGUAUUCGCACAAAUGCUCAAAGCAUCUUCGCCAUACCUGUUACAAAGAUGAAGAACUUUGUUCGAACAAAUUUAUACAAAUUAUCAUAGUGGUAUUAGUUAUAAUAAUGGCAUUCUGUUUGGCCGCUAUUACUACACUGUAUCUGAUGGAGGUAGCUCGCCAUUCACAGUACAUGCAGCCUAACAUAGAUAGACCUCAUAAUAAUUAUAUUCCUAAAAGGCCUUCCAAAACCACAAAAGUCCAUACCACUUGGACGCCUACCACCGCUCCGUACGAAACGACACAUUUUUAUAAUAAAGAAGAAAUCACAAAGGUAACUGUGGAUCCAGAGCUAGUCAACAGGAGGCCGUCAUUCAUAAUCGGACGACCUAUAGAUUGUCUAACUGUAGAGCAAGACCUGGAAAGUUCAAACUUAUGUCAGAUUUUCUGUUGCGCCAACCCCCCACCGCGACCGGCGCACGAGCCCACUGCGCACUUCUCCGAGAAGCGGCCGCCCUUCAACAGGACCAAGGCGGGCGGGCCUUUGCUCAACGUUGAGAAGAACAAGAUCGCUAAGCCUUUCCACUCCAACGACAUCGACAAGCAGGCCAGGCAGCGGCGGGACACCUACACGGACGAGGCUAAUCUGUUCGAUAUCGUCGAUGACCAACUUUUCACCAUAAUAAUACAUGGGAAGAACUUCAACACAACUUUAACACCAAAAUACCGUACCGAGAUCUCUAACGCACAGUACAAUUUCUCCUACUCAGUUCCUAUAUCGAAGUAUAUGCCAGACGAAUUCAUCAAUCUGAUAUUCAAGUCAUCGCAAUCGCACAUAAAAGAGAUUGAACACUGCUACAACGAUUACAAGCAGCACGAAUGUCCGUUCGUGAGUUCGUCGGCCUACUUCGACGACAAAAUGAAAAUCAGGCACAAGGUCAACGAGAACAGCCCCAGUCAGCUGAUCGGCUUCCAGAGCGUCGUCUUUGAGGUGGACAUGAUCGACUUCCAGUCCAAGGUGAUGACGUACAGGGCUUCCCUGAGGCAAAAUCAGAACACAUGCAAAUUAUCUUCAACCAAAUUAGGCAUAGAAUAUGUCGAAUACAAUUUUCACUUUUAUAGACACUGUGAUGAGUAA